AUAACAACAUCCCACCAUUUUCUUGAUUGUUUUAAUUCUUUUACUUCGUUCUGUAUCGUGUAUCGCCGGCUAUUUUCCUUUAAUUAAAAUGUCGAUGGGUGGCUAUCUGGACACGGAGGCCCUGCUGACCGACCUCCACAAGUGGGUGAGUGCGGAGACCCUUAGAAAGAAAAACAUCGAGAAGUACGACCUGAAAGUGUACGGGGUGGACGAUAAAGUCGAUAACUACGGCAGUGAUAUAGUCUUCGUUGAUAUCACUGCUGAGAACUUCGAUGGUGAGAAGAGGAGCUAUAGUUUGGUGGUUAAGUAUGGGCAGAUGAUGAACGAGUUGAGGGAUAAGUUGCCGAUAAGGGAUGCUUUCGAAAGGGAAAUUGAUGUUUAUACUAAGUUAGUCUUGGCUUUCCACACACUACAACAAGAAAAACGUCUCCCAAUAUUCAACUCAAUUCCAAAAUGUUUUCUUUCAAAAUUCACGCCAACCGAAGAAGUGAUUAUCCUGGAAAACUUAAGACAGCUCGGGUACACUGUGUACAAAAAACAAACUGGUAUGGAUGUGCUUCAUAUGAAGCUAGUUUUAAAAGCCUACGCACAUUGGCAUGCUCUUUCUUUCGCAUUAAAGGACCAGAAAAAAGAAGAAUUUCAAGAAAUUACUGAAACCUGGAUAAAAAAUCCGAUGAAGGCUUUCGUUGGGGGUGUUUCGGGAAAGCUGAUCAAUGCCAGUCAAAAACAAGUUUUUGAGAUUUUAAGAAAUGAAGAUAAAGAAGAUUUGUUAGAGAAAUAUACGAGAAAAAUAGGGAAAAAGAAUUUUGUUGAAAUAUUGAUGAAUUUAUUGAGCAAUGAAGAUGCUCAGUCGGUGGUUUUGCAUGGGGAUUGUUGGAGUAGUAACUUCUUGUUUCAAUAUGACGACGGUGAUACAGAACAACAAAUCUGCAAGAAAGUGGCUCUCGUAGACUUCCAAAUGUCAUCUGUCAACAGUCCAGUCUUUGACUUAAGUUACUUCAUCUACUCAGUAGCGGACAAAGAUGGACUAACUCAUUUCGAAGAACUUUUGAACUAUUAUUAUGAUCAUUUUUCAAAUUAUCUGAUUGAAUUGGGAAGCGACCCUGGUGUAAUAUUUUCCUAUUCUGAUUUGUUAAGGCAUUGGAGACAGUAUUCUAUAUACGGUGCAGUUUUAAGUCCGAUGAUAUUGAUGUUAGUUUUAAACGACAAAACGCUGGAUUUUUUGUUGGACAAUGACAAUUUUUAUGAUAUUUCAAAAGACACUGUGAAGAAAAAUGAGUAUAAAGAACGUAUUAUUGCAAUUGCUCAACAUUUUCUAAAUCAUUUUGGUUAACCUUAAUUUUUUUCUGUAACUAACCUAUUACAUGUUUUAAAAUCAUAGUUUUUUUAACAAAAUGUAAAACUUUUGCUGUAUUUGAUAAGAAUAGUUAGUUGGUUUGUUAGUAAUAAUUUAAACACGGUGUCAAAAAAAUAUUGCACCUAACUCACAAAUCAUGGGGUACAAAUCAUGUACCCACCAAAAUAUGGGUACAAA